AUGGACGACAUCGGCGGUGGCUUCGGUGCCGGCGGCAUGGGCCUGGACGACGACAAGGACCCGGACUGGAAGGACCUGUCCUCCGACUCGGAGGAUUCUGAGGACGAGGAGUCGACCAAGAAGGACGCGGGAACCUGUACAGAGGAGGCCGCCGCUGGCGAGCGGGCGGAGCAGGAGGCGACCGGCCGAGGCGCGGCGCCGCAGGGCAAGGCCGCCAGCGACUGA